AUGCGUCCAAUCAAAUUCGACAAUUCGAGUUCUAAAUUGAAAGAUGGGCCAAUCAUAUUCUGAGAAACGUGUGAAGUGCUCGGUUUGAUUCAGCCUCCUACGUUACCGUAGACACUUCGGUACACGGCCCUCUUUUAAAGUUCCUGGGGGAAGAGUGGAGGGACUCGGACAAGCCGAAGGAAAGAGGCAAAGCCUGAGCAAGGGGAUAACAAUUUUCACAAUAUUCACCCCCAGGAGGACUAGCGUAUCACCGAAGACAAGCUAAGGUGCAACACGGAAAACCAAGGUCUUGACUACCCGAGAACGUCAGAAAAUAAAGAAAAUGGCGGAGCCAGACAAAUUAAACAUCGACUCUAUAAUUCAGCGUCUCUUGGAAGUCAAGGGCUCUCGACCAGGGAAGAAUGUCCAGCUGACCGAGGGUGAGAUCCGUGGCCUUUGCCUAAAGUCCCGUGAAAUCUUCUUGAGCCAGCCAAUCCUGCUUGAACUAGAGGCUCCCCUCAAAAUCUGUGGUGAUGUCCAUGGUCAGUACUAUGAUCUGCUCCGGCUGUUUGAAUAUGGAGGCUUCCCCCCAGAAAGCAACUACCUGUUCCUGGGUGACUAUGUAGACAGAGGGAAGCAGUCACUGGAGACUAUCUGCCUGCUUCUAGCCUACAAGAUUAAAUAUCCAGAGAACUUUUUCCUGCUGCGUGGAAACCACGAAUGCGCCUCUAUUAAUCGAAUCUACGGCUUUUAUGACGAGUGUAAGCGGCGGUAUAACAUUAAGCUGUGGAAGACCUUCACAGACUGCUUCAACUGUUUACCUGUGGCUGCCAUUGUAGAUGAGAAAAUCUUCUGCUGUCAUGGAGGCCUCUCCCCUGAUCUUCAGUCUAUGGAGCAGAUCCGCAGAGUAAUGCGACCCACAGACGUGCCUGACCAGGGUUUGCUGUGUGACCUGCUGUGGGCUGAUCCAGACAAAGAUGUGCUGGGCUGGGGGGAAAACGACCGUGGUGUCUCCUUCACAUUCGGGGCAGAUGUGGUUGCCAAAUUUUUGCAUAAACACGACAUGGACCUAAUAUGCAGGGCGCAUCAGGUGGUAGAAGACGGUUAUGAGUUUUUUGCAAAGAGGCAACUUGUCACCUUAUUCUCUGCUCCCAACUACUGUGGAGAGUUUGACAACGCCGGUGCUAUGAUGAGUGUGGAUGAGACACUCAUGUGCUCCUUCCAGAUUCUGAAGCCAGCAGAUAAGAAAUUGUAUCCUUAUGGAACUGGAGGAAUGGGAUCUGGGAGGCCGGUCACCCCGCCGCGAAAUUCAGCCAAGGCCCCCAAGGCCAAGAAAUAACAGAUGCUGGAUCCCCCUCCCACAACCUGCCACCUUCCUCUCUGACCAACACUUUUCUUUCUUUUUCCCCCCUCUACCUCCCCAGACUGGGUUGUCCCUUGUCACCAUACGGCAACAAAGCAGACAAGUGUCUGGGGUUCAAUCAUGUUUUUUUCUCUCUAAACCAAUUUUUAACUGUUUGUUUGGCUGUUUGCGUGCUUUUUUGUGUGUGUGAGUGUGUAAAGAAUGUGAGAAUGAUACAGAGGAAUUUGCUGUAUUCUGUAUGUAUGUUUAUUUUUUUCCACUUGUACCCUCUGUUCUGUUUUUCUGUUGUAAAGAUGGGUUUUUGCUCAUCUGUGAUGUAAUGUCAAACCUGGGCGCAGGAGAGGAAGGGAAGGGGAGAGAGAAAGAGGAGCCUUAGCUGUUUAUGUCAAGGCCCUGCACUGUUUAAUGCUAAACACAAGCUUUUGUACAUCCUGUUUUAGAGGUCUGUGUGAUGGGAGGGGGGGGGGGGGUUGAGGGGAGGGGGGAUGGGAUGGGAUGGGAUCAAAUUCUACGGUCAAAUGGUAACGGCACAUACCACACACACUGGGCGCACAGGUGGAUAUAUGUGCAGAUUAAUCUUUUUUCAAUGAGAUUUUUUUUUCUCUUCCCUUUUACAAACCAAUGAUUUGAGAACACGGUCAUGGAUGUGAAAUAGUUUCGCUUAUGUCUAUUUUUUUUCUUCUUUUUUUUUCUUCUUCUUUUUUUUUUUUAGAUACAUGAAACUGGCAUGAGUUCAUUUCCUUUUUUUUCUUGUUUUUAGCUCACUAAAAGUUGAAGAUGAAUAAAAAUAACCAUGUAUUUGAAUCAUGCCAUCAUGCUGAUCACUUUGUGUUUGCCAUUGCUUUGUUAUGUUCGUCAGCAACCUUUGCCAUGCAUUGUGGCGAUGCAUGUCUUGAGUGUUGUAGCUUGAAUUGACCAUACAGCAGCUUAGAAGAGAUGUCUUAUGAAUUAGACUUACCCAAAUGUAGAUGCUGAAAAGUGUAAUUUUGGGCAAGUUUAUACUUUGUUAAAAAACAAAGUGGCAUUUCCCACGUUGCUUUAGUGUGAAAGAUGAUGAUGAUCAGGGACUGUAGGAGAGGAAAGCCCGAAGCUGGUCUCAGAACCAGAUGUUGCCUGUUUUAUCACAAAAAUAGAUAUUUGAUUAGAUAACUCUUCAAUGCAAAAUGUCUAUUUCAAAUGAAUGUGAAGUACACCACGAUUUAUCUGGCAUUUAAUCUAUAGUGAACUUGAACCUGAGUAUACUCUAGACGCCUACUGUACUGAAGAGGAAGUGACAUAAAUGUUUUUCCGUAUUCUGUGAACAAAAAGAAAAACUAUCAAAGGGGGAUGAGAUGGUAAAUCGUUGCUCUGACCUUUCCAGUUUGAAGUGCUCUGUUUAAGACCACUUUCGUUUAGUUGUUCAUAAAAACAAAGAGUGUGCUUAUUUUAAUCUAAACCCACACCAAAUGAAGGUUGCAUGGAAGCUACAACUGGAGCAAUAAACAGUGGUGUUUGGACUAAGUAAUAGACAGUCCUUUAAACUUGAUGGGGAAUCGGGGCACAAAAUCAUUGUUUCACUAUAAACAUGAAAAUAUACUAAAGGUAUUCAUGCACAGGAAAUUCCCAGUCAAUCUAUCUUAAAGUUUUGGUUGUGACAGGUAAUUCCCAGAUGAACAAUUACCACUUUAUAGCAAUUAGUAUUUAAUUUUGUAUGCUUCUUAAAUUGUGCUGGUUAAACGAUGAGCAAGAAAAUUGCAAUUUCUUGGGACAGCGAUCAUCAUUCUGACUUUAUUUUAGUAGUUUACUGUUUACGUAAGCAUCAAGAGCCAUAGACGGAGAGAAUCAAAAUAAAAAAAAUAUGUAUGUGCGGAUCCUCUGACAACUGUGAACCCCAAGACAUAAUCAUGCUGAUUGAAUUCAGAUUCAAAAAUACACUUUUUUUCACUACAGUAAUGUCCCAAAUGGGCCAUUUUUCAUUCCCUCUACUGUACAUUAAGUUGGCAAACAGGGUGUCCAAAGUGAAAGCAGUCCAUACUGCUGUUGCAACUGGUAAAAAUAUAUCUUUCUACAGUGUUUCAGGGUAUCUCACUGGCCAUUUCUAAAACCCCAACACCCCCCCCCCCCCCCCAUUUGUCUGCUGUCUGUCCUCAUUUUCCUGCUCUCUGUCUAAAUAUGAACACAUGCGACUACAGCUCUCCUGAAGCAGUACAUAAGCACAUAGUUAAACAGAGGGUGGGGAAGCUGCAUUCAGCUGUCAUCCUGCCAUACUGUUCUCCCUCUUAGCAAGAGGUUUUCAACUCAGUACCUCAGAAAGCAAAUGUUUAAAAAAAAAAAUCUAAAUGUAAUUAAGCUUUAUUUAGAAUCCUGUGUGGCUUUUUAACAAUUCACAUACAGCGCAAAUAUUGUGUAAGAGAGAGCAGGUGAAAUAAGAAAAAUAGCAAUCGGAUCUCGAUUGUGCUUAAGUGCAUUUCACAUCCAGUUAGAUCAACUCAGGAAGUGAAAUUAAAAUAAAUGGAAUGAGGAUAUUGUAUUUAUAUUCAUAUUGUAAGUAAAAUACAUCAAUAGACACCAUUAUCACAGGAUAUUUACAAGUCAGAUGACUUGCAGCUUCCGUUCUCGGUUUAAGGUGGCUAAAAUGAAAUGAGUUCAAGCCCACCUUUUGUGGAUAAUGUGAUGCAGGAAGUCUUUUAGGGUAAUAAUAAAGUUAAUUCAAGGCGUGAGCGCCAUCUUGUUGUAAAGACCAUUUCCAAUAGAUUAUGUCUUAAACAAUGCAAAACUAAGUGUCUCCUGUAAGAGAUAAUACAGUGCUGAAACAUGACGGAACUUGUAGAUAUCUGUCUUCUAUAAUAAAUGGUCCAAUAAAGACCACUUUCAUUUCCAUUUUCAUAGCUGUAUAAACCUCUGCUUAUGUAUUUUUUUUGUUACUCUAUAUUUACUGUUGUCAUUACCUCUAAGAAUCUUCUCUUUAAUAACUUUUUUGUUCACAUUGUUUUCACUGACAAAUUUAAUGCUAGAUACUGCUGGCUUAUUAGUGUAGGAUUUUUUUAAUCAAUCAGGGAUGUUUUUGCACCAUGCACUGUUGCUGGGUAGAUAUGAAAUGAUUAGAUUAUUACAAUUAAGGAAAAGAAACAACAGAAUUUAAAGGUAUUUUUUAAUUUGUAUUUGAUUUGUUUUCAAGUCAAUCACAAGUUGUCUCUGUUACAAGGUAGAAAUAAAACAUAGAAUUUG